AUGAAAAAAAAACAAAAUUUGAUUACAGAAAAUUGGCACAGUGUAGGUAGAUCGGAAAUUGGAAUUCUGGAUACACCUUCAGAUUCAUAUAUCGUAGAAAAAACUGUAAUUGGGAUUGCUAAGUUAGAUUUUUGUUUUAAAAUAUAUCAGCUUAAGUUGAAACUAUUGUUCAUAGAUAAAUUCUUCAAUAUGGACAAUUUGACCAGAGAAUUGCACAGAGAAGCUUCUAUAAGAGUUAUUACAAAAUGUGUAGAAUCUUUUUUUAAUAAGGACAUUAUAUGGUCAUUAGAAAUGCUGAAAUGGAAUUUUGAUCAAAAAUACGUUUUAGAAGAAUUCUCAAAUACAUUUGAAGUUUUUGAUAGUUCAGAAUGUGAUAAAUUUGUGGAUCAUAUUGUAGUUGAUAAAAAUGCAAAUCUUGAGAGCAAUAUAAAAGAAGUUAGUGAUAAAAUCAAUAAUGGUAAUAAUGUUUCAUCUGCGAUAAAUUUUGAAGAAAAUAUUGAGGAUAAAGAAUUAAGUAUAGAAGAUAAUAUUAUAGUAAUGGGCGUUGCUCAAUGUAAUGGUGGGUCUUUUAAAGAUCAAAUGGUAUUAAAAUGUUCAGAAACAACAUUAUCAUCCAUUAAAUCAGAGGACUCGGAAUUCAAAACAGCGGAUAGAAGCGAGAUAGGAGUGCUCAUGUUACAUUUUGUUAUUAGUAAAAUCAUUUUAAAAAAAAAGAAUCAAGUUUGGUGGAAGAUUGUAAUUAAUUAUUGUGAGUGUCAAUUGAAAGAAUCUAGAUUAGAAUUGCUUAGGAACGCAAAGAUAAAGAUCAAACGGGGCAAAUUUCAGAUUGCAUCGAAUUUAGUAAAAUCAAAUAUAUCUUUAGUUGAAAUACAAUUCAAACAAUGGGCAUUUUGGAAAAUGAAUGAUACAUUGCAUACACGUGAUAAUUUUGGUAAUAACCACAGUGAAAAAACACUAGAAAAUGUGUUUCCAUCGGGGAUAAUUGCCAAUAUUCCAUUUCUAAAUCAAACACCCUUUCUAGACUUGGCAGUAAAGAGUGCCAUACAUAAAUGA